CAAUGUUCGCAUUAAGGCGUCGGGAGCCUCCCUCAGUGGAACCAUUUAACAUGUUACACCUGUGUAAAAGGCAGGGAGAUUCUGCCGUUGUUGACUGUGACAUGUUCUGGCCCGCAGUGACCGCAUCCACCGCGCUGGGAGCGACGACGCCGACGGCGCGACAGCGACACGGCCGGAGCCGCGGACGGAGCGCGAACAGCAGCAGGGAAACCUCCAGCUCCUGCUGACAUUUUCUGUCCAGACUCAGCGGCCGAAAAACGGUGACUUCGAGCGGCGAGAUGCCGGGGAUGAUGGAUAAAGGCUCGGAGUACCUGGGGAAGGGUCGCUCAAACGGCACCAAGAGUCCGUCCAACGCCUCCAACGGACAUUUUUCUGACGAAAGCGGCAGCGACGACGAACACGAUGUGGGGAUGAGGGUUGGAGCCGAUUAUCAGGCCAACAUCCCGGAGUUCGAGCCCGGUUCCACCAAGUACUCGGAGAAGGACAGCGGAGGGAUGCUGGUUUGGUCCCCGUAUCACACCAUUGUCGACUCCAAGCUGGACGAAUACAUCGCCAUCGCCAAGGAGAAGCAUGGCUACAACGUGGAGCAGGCGCUCGGCAUGCUCUUCUGGCACAAACACAACAUCGAGAAGUCUCUGGCCGACCUGCCGAACUUCACGCCGUUUCCAGACGAGUGGACGGUGGAGGACAAAGUUCUGUUCGAACAGGCCUUCAGCUUCCACGGCAAGAGCUUCCACCGCAUCCAGCAGAUGUUACCGGACAAAUCCAUCUCCAGUCUGGUCAAGUACUACUACUCGUGGAAGAAGACUCGCUCCAGAACGAGUCUGAUGGACCGACAGGCCCGCAAACUGGCCAACAGGAGCAACCAGGACGACAGUGACGAGGAGAUGGAAGAGGCCAAUCCCAUCGAAGCCAACGACAGCGACUACGACCCCAGCAAGGAAACCAAGAAGGAGAACCAGGUGGAGCCGGUGGUGCCGGGCUCCAAGGUGGCGUUGGGUAGGCGGGAGCACCAGACCCUGCAGCACCGACACCACCAGCGCUCCCGCUGCCGCCCCCCCAAAGGCAUGUACCUGACCCAGGAGGACGUGGUGGCCGUGUCCUGCAGCGCCUCCGCCGCCAACACCCUCCUCCGUCAGCUGGACAUGGAGCUGGUGUCCCUCAAGAGACAGGUCCAGAAUGCCAAACAGAUGAACAGCGGCCUGAAACACAUGCUGGAGUCCGGGGUCGAAGAGUUCCGGCUGCCUGAGUGUAACCAGAAGGUCAACGCCCGCUGGACCACGGAUGAGCAGCUCCUGGCAGUUCAAGGUGUCAGGAAGUAUGGAAAAGAUUUCCAGGCCAUCGCUGACGUCAUCGGCAACAAGACGGUGGGCCAGGUGAAGAACUUCUUUGUCAACUACCGGCGGCGGUUCAACUUGGACGAGGUGCUGCAGGAGUGGGAGGCUGAACAGGGAACACGAGCUCCCAAUGGAGACAGCGCCACCUCUGGAGAGGAGGGGAAGAACAGCUCCACCACUCCGUCAGGGAAGAGCACCGAUGAGGAGGACGAAGAGGGUCAGGUAACCUCCUCAGGUGCGUCUCCUGCUGCCUCCUCUUCUUCAGCUCAGAUUCCGGUGACAUCGAGCACCUCCUCCCUCCACCAGCCUCCUCCCCUCCUGCGGCCCUCCCUCCCAGCCACGCCCUCCCUGCACCGCCAGCCCCCACCCCUGCAACAACAGGCCCGCUUCCUGCAGCCCCGCCCCACCCUGCAGCAGCCCCCACCUCUCAUCCGCCCCUCCAACCCCCUGCCCCCCCGCCUCAACCCCCGCCCUCCCGCUCCCAUGACCCUCUGUGGCAACCCCGGAGGGUCGGGGUCGAGCUCCGGCCAGCAGCCCUCUGGACUGGCUGCUCACCAAUCAGAGACGGCCUCGUCUUCCUCCCUCCACUAACAAAUGUCAGCGUUUCUGAAUAUUUUCUGCCAGGCUGCUGCGUUCAAGUCCUGUGGGAAAAUCUGAGUGAUGUCAUUCUUGACAACAGUAAUUUUCCCUGCUUGUGCUUUACAGAAAACAAAACCAUUAGGGGUUGAAGAUGGUGUUUCCCACAGGACCUGCCUGCAGCAUACCUGCUGGUUGAUGGACACCUGGUUUUAACAUAGUUGUUUUAUGAAAGAUUGUUGAUUAUUAAAGGCAGAGACAUUUC